AUGGCGGUUUAUUCAUACUAUCCAAUUGACAUGGUUUUGCUCGCUCACCUCAUUGGCAUCAUCUACUUAAUUAUAAUUCUAGGUACAUUGGUCAUGUUGUUUUCUUGA